AUUAUAACUAUUAUGAUGUUUUGUUUUACUAGUAUGGAAACUCUGCUGCUCUGCUUGCAGCAGUGAAAGAAAGACUGUAUGGAGCUCCGUCACUUCCGGCAGGAUUAGAGUCCUCCCAGUUCAUCAAUGGAAUCAACUUCAUUCUUAAGGUCACGUGGGUUGAUGUGCAGACUCCAGGAUCAAUCGCAGGACAGGAGACCAAUACCUACCAAGCAAUUCUCUUUACUGACGGCAGAAGAAGCGGUGUCUUGACGAUGUAUGAACAAGGAAGCUUUCAGUGGGAUCCGUACUCUAAGGUUAUACCUGCUAGGAUUGGUUACAACAUCAAACAUGAUAGACUGAAUAUCUACCAGGGAAACUAUCCUGCUAUACGGUACACAAGCUAUCGCCCUGAUCUCAGGAUUGGCAACACCGGUCUCAUGGGGAGAGACAUCUAUCGUCUUGACACAAAUCCUGACUGGUACGUCAACCCCCGCCGUUACUGUCAAGAUUGGUACCUGGAUGAUCUCUCAAAGAUAUCAUAUGCACGGUGGGCACAGCCAUGUCCUUGCACCCGCUGGCAGGCCAGGAUCGAUCGAAGGUUUACUCGAUGCAACUAUCCCUCCUACGGAUAUGGUUACGGAUACGGGUUUAAUUAUGGCUACAGCUAUGGCCUGCAGAGUUAUAACUACGAUGGAAGAGGAACGACCUGUUACCAGCCUAGAUGGCCCUCAUUUGGUGGUGGUGGAUACCGUUGUACAUACGAUCAGUCUGCUUUGAGCAGGGGUUAUAGGGCCAGUCACUACCAAGCAGUCAUGCCCUCCAAUCGUCGAUUCUUCUCUUAUUACUAUUAUUCCCUUGAUUACUAUUAUUCUUGGAUUGAGAGGGACGUCCUACCCCGUUUCUUCUGCUGUGGUCUGGCUGGAGGGAAUUUCUGUAACCUUUACGAAAGUCGUCGUCCAAGAUCUCACUGCUGGGGAUAUAGACGGCCAUGGUUCGGAUGGUUUUGGGGCGACCCGCACAUCAAUACCCUUGACGGUAGGAAGUACACCUUCAAUGGUCUUGGGGAAUACACCACGAUGUCUUACAGUCAUGGUGACCCGUUCAUACUGCAAUCCAGAACUGGUAAGGCGUUUAACAACAGCAUGCCUGUGGAACAUGGGACAGUCUUCACAGGGUUCGCUGCAACACAAGACAUCACUAAGGUCGAAUUUCAGCUGAAUUAUAACAGGACAGAAAUGAGUAUUCUAAUUAAUGGUACUACCAUCAAUAUGACGGAAUUCCUAGAGGAUGGUAUCGACUCACCGGAUCCAACCUUCAUCCUAUCCGCGGAGAACGACACUGUCUCUGAAGGUGAGAUUAAGGUCACAGCGCUGUUCCAACCAGAAGGCUAUCCCAGUUCGUCCUUCACCGUGACCUUCAAGAACGGCCUCUUAGAUCUGGGUGUCAUGGUCCCUUCUGAGUAUGCGCAGAACGGAACCGGGAGGGGUCUGCUCGGUAAUGUAAAUGGGAACAAAUCAGAUGAUUUUCUGCUCAGAAAUGGAACAUUAUUAAUGGAUCUGCCUGAGAGAAAUUUAACAGACAGAGACAUAUUUCAGUUUGGACAGUCAUGGAUGAUCAGUGAAAACGAAUCGCUGUUUGAAUACGACGAUGGGAAUUGGAGUUACUACAAUCCUAGCGACUACAAACCAAUGUUCUUAGACGAGCUGCUCGCUCUCGACAACGACCGAACCGAGGCGGCAAGAGAGGCUUGCGGGGAGGACGAGGCGUGCCUGUUCGACUACCUCGCCGUGAGUCCUGAGAUGGGUCAACAAACUAUGACCACAGGGAACCAACUCGACAAUGACCUCCUAAACCUUGAUAAUUUUCCUCCGAACGUAACCAACGUGGUAGAGACUAGCGAGACAGAUGCUUUACAAGAAGGGGAGGUUCUCUUCAUGCAAGUGGGCGUGACCGUUACCUUGGAGAUUUCUGCACAUGACCCUAACGAAGAUGAUGAGGUAUUCUUUACUUUCAACGAUACAGCACCAGAUGGCGCCAAUAUCAGCUCAGAUGGUAUCUUGACCUGGACACCACCUGACCUGAAUGUAUCAUCUAUCGAGAUCAUUGUGAUGGACAACCGAGGAGCAGAGACAUCGCUGGCAUACAAGGUCUUGAUCUGCCGAUGUGAGAACGAAGGCGUGUGUGACUUCGACAACCAAGCUGAGGGGCAGGAUCUAAAUGCCAACGGAUUUGCGGUGGUCAUGUGCAACUGUUCUGGUGGUUGGUCGGGUGAUCAUUGUGAUGUAGACUAUGAUUCAUGUGAGGGUAUGCCCUGCUACGAGGGGGUUAUCUGCUUCGAUGAGCCCCCGUCUUCAGACGAAGAGUACACAUGCGGCCCUUGUCCACCCGAGCUCUCAGGCGAUGGUACCACUUGCUUUGAUUUCAAUGAAUGUGCUGAUAACGAUACGAAUGACUGUGAACAGAAUUGUGAAAACAAUCUAGGUUCUUACACGUGUUCGUGUAACACCGGUUAUAUGCUUGCCAUCGAUCAACGUUCCUGUGACGAGAUAAGUGAAUGUGAUGAGGCCCUGAUGGAUUCCACUGCAUCUGUCAACUGCACAUGCGAGCCUGGUUUUCAACUUGAAAAUGGAACGUGUUCAGAUUUUGAUGAAUGUGCAUCUGAUGUGGACCUAUGCCCGCGUGAUAUAUCAACCUGUUUCAACCUGCCUGGAGACUACAACUGCACCUGUCAUUCAGGAUACGACAAUUCAUCCCCUAAAGAGUGUCAAGAUAUCGAUGAAUGUGAAUCGCGCACGGAUGACUGCGAGUCCAGCCUACAUCGUGUUUGCAGGAACACACCCGGUAACUUCUCGUGCGUGUGCAGUGAGAACACAGCAGAAAUCAAUGGAACCUGCCAAAACGCGCUGUCGUUAUCACUCAACGUUCGUCUUACAUUCAUCAGUGGAUUAAGCGUUGAAUCUUAUCCUUCUGUGGUCGAAUCGCAAGAGAACCAGCGUCAGUUGGCCCAAGAUGUAUUGCGUUACCUCAAUACAUCACCGGAAUUGGGUAACGACACGUUGCAGGUUGUGUCUGUGCAUAACUACACCUUGACCGGAACUUACGUUCUAUUGUCCUUCCGGGUCGAUGUAAAACCUGAUGCAUCUUUGGAUGAUACCUGCCUAGAGCGGAUUUUCAUGGAAUUGCUUCCUGGGUCACGACUUAUUGCCCCAGAUCAUCGAGUCAUGCAGGAGGAUAUCGACGAAUGUGAUCUAUCUUCAGAUGUUUGCCUUAACGGAAACUGUACAAACACUGAUGGAAGCUACUACUGCACUUGUAAUGAGGGUUUCGAAGGAACAGGAAAUGAUUCUUGCUCAGAUAUCAAUGAAUGUCUCGGAGCUCACAAUUGCAAUCAGACAUGCCUCAACUCAGCUGGAAACUUCUCGUGUUCUUGUCGUCCUGGGUUUGAGCUUCAUGAUGAUGGGUUCACAUGCAAUGAUAUCGACGAUUGUUCUACCACACCUUGUAUGAAUGGAGGGACUUGUGUUGAUGGAGUAAACACCUUUACUUGUUCCUGUGUUGAUGGCUAUAACGGGAGUAUGUGUGAAACAGAUAUCGACGAUUGUUCUACCACACCUUGUAUGAAUGGAGGGACUUGUGCUGAUGGAGUAAACACCUUUACUUGUUCCUGUGUUGAUGGCUAUAACGGGAGUAUGUGUGAAACAGAUAUCGACGAUUGUUCUACCACACCUUGUAUGAAUGGAGGGACUUGUGUUGAUGGAGUAAACACCUUUACUUGUUCCUGUGUUGAUGGCUAUAACGGGAGUAUGUGUGAAACAGUUCCAUCAAGUGCCACAACCAUGCAGCCUACAGCAACACCUAGUGAAACUUCACAACUUGUUCCAUCAAGUGCCACAACCAUGCAGCCUACAGCAACAUCUAGUGAAACCUCACAACUUGUUCCAUCAAGUGCCCCAACCAUGCAGCCUACAGCAACAUCUAGUGAAACCUCCCAACUUGUUCCAUCAAGUGCCACAACCAUGCAGCCUACAGCAACAUCUAGUGAAACCUCACAACUUGUUCCAUCAAGUGCCACAACCAUGCAGCCUACAGCAACAUCUAGUGAAACCUCACAACUUGUUCCAUCAAGUGCCCCAACCAUGCAGCCUACAGCAACAUCUAGUGAAUCCUCACAACUUGUUCCAUCAAGUGCCACAACCAUGCAGCCUACAGCAACAUCUAGUGAAACCUCACAACUUGUUCCAUCAAGUGCCACAACCAUGCAGCCUACAGCAACAUCUAGUGAAACCUCACAACUUGUUCCAUCAAGUGCCACAACCAUGCAGCCUACAGCAACACCUAGUGAAACCUCACAACUUGUUCCAUCAAGUGCCACAACCAUGCAGCCUACAGCAACAUCUAGUGAAACCUCACAACUUGUUCCAUCAAGUGCCCCAACCAUGCAGCCUACAGCAACAUCUAGUGAAUCCUCACAACUUGUUCCAUCAAGUGCCACAACCAUGCAGCCUACAGCAACAUCUAGUGAAUCCUCACAACUUGUUCCAUCAAGUGCCACAACCAUGCAGCCUACAGCAACAUCUAGUGAAUCCUCACAACUUGUUCCAUCAAGUGCCACAACCAUGCAGCCUACAGCAACAUCUAGUGAAUCCUCACAACUUGUUCCAUCAAGUGCCACAACCAUGCAGCCUACAGCAACAUCUAGUGAAACCUCACAACUUGUUCCAUCAAGUGCCACAACCAUGCAGCCUACAGCAACACCUAGUGAAACCUCACAACUUGUUCCAUCAAGUGCCACAACCAUGCAGCCUACAGCAACAUCUAGUGAAACCUCACAACUUGUUCCAUCAAGUGCCCCAACCAUGCAGCCUACAGCAACAUCUAGUGAAUCCUCACAACUUGUUCCAUCAAGUGCCACAACCAUGCAGCCUACAGCAACAUCUAGUGAAUCCUCACAACUUGUUCCAUCAAGUGCCACAACCAUGCAGCCUACAGCAACAUCUAGUGAAACCUCACAACUUGUUCCAUCAAGUGCCACAACCAUGCAGCCUACAGCAACACCUAGUGAAACCUCACAACUUGUUCCAUCAAGUGCCACAACCAUGCAGCCUACAGCAACAUCUAGUGAAACCUCACAACUUGUUCCAUCAAGUGCCCCAACCAUGCAGCCUACAGCAACAUCUAGUGAAUCCUCACAACUUGUUCCAUCAAGUGCCACAACCAUGCAGCCUACAGCAACAUCUAGUGAAUCCUCACAACUUGUUCCAUCAAGUGCCACAACCAUGCAGCCUACAGCAACAUCUAGUGAAUCCUCACAACUUGUUCCAUCAAGUGCCACAACCAUGCAGCCUACAGCAACAUCUAGUGAAACCUCACAACUUGUUCCAUCAAGUGCCACAACCAUGCAGCCUACAGCAACAUCUAGUGAAUCCUCACAACUUGUUCCAUCAAGUGCCACAACCAUGCAGCCUACAGCAACAUCUAGUGAAUCCUCACAACUUGUUCCAUCAAGUGCCACAACCAUGCAGCCUACAGCAACAUCUAGUGAAUCCUCACAACUUGUUCCAUCAAGUGCCACAACCAUGCAGCCUACAGCAACACCUAGUGAAACCUCACAACUUGUUCCAUCAAGUGCCACAACCAUGCAGCCUACAGCAACAUCUAGUGAAACCUCACAACUUGUUCCAUCAAGUGCCACAACCAUGCAGCCUACAGCAAAACCUAGUGCAACCUCACAAUUAGAUGAGUGUGCGACAAAUACAAGUCUCUGUAAUAAUGGAAGAUGUGUCAACUUGGAUGGAUCAUACACUUGUGUCUGCAACGAUGGGUUCACAUUAGUCAAUGCAAAUUCUUGCAAUGCUCUCUCAAGCAGUCUGUUCACUAGUCGAGUGACUGUGCAGAUUACAGGACAAAGUCUGAAUGGUCAAGCCCUAACGUAUACACCAGAAUUAACCAAUAGGUCAUCGGCCAAAUUCAUGGAAUAUGAAGUUGCAUUCUGUUACAUUUUCAGCCAAUAUGUAAGGGUACAGUUAGGUUCUCAACUUGUCGGUGAUAAUUGCAUAGUGCUGUCAUUCCGCCAAGGUAGUGUAGUCGGUGACCUGCAAAUGGAACUUGCGGCUGACAGCCAAAGUGUAGCAGAUGGGCUUGCUUCAAGUUUAUCUGCCUUAUCUACCAACAUUGAUCAAAACUUAUCAGCUAGUGGUCAAACUCUGGAAGCAUCUAUAUCGGCAAAUGUUCAGUGCGAUCAAACAAACUGCCAGAACGGUGGGACAUGUACUUCUUCUGGACAGCCUUGCAAUUGCCCAACUGGUUUUACAGGAGAUCUUUGCCAGAAUGCUUCUCAAGGAUUGUCGAAUGGAGCCAUCAUUGGUAUUGCUCUCGGAGUAUUUGGUUCUGUUCUCGUCCUCGUAACCUGUGUCUGCUGCGUUUUCAUGCAAGGUGUCAGACGAAAUCAAGCAACAAAAAUGAUGCUCGCUGAAGAACGGUAUGUCGAUUCGAGCAGACAAAAUAGAAGCUUCUACGGAAACGAAUCUUUCAAUGGUUCUGAGGAGUACGAUUCCCUUGAAGGACGCCGGUAUGCAGUUGGUCAAGCAUUGGAUCGACUACGCAGAAUUGAUGCGCCGCGUCAUGAAGAUCGCAAUUUCAGGACUCCCUAUGUGGUAGAUGGGAGUGAAACGUACAAUGGUGUGGAGCGAAAUCCCAUGCAUUAUUGAUCACCAAGAAUCUUACCUUCGGACAAAGAACGAAUAUGACAACGGAAAAGAAUUUAGUGAAUUAGUUACGUCUUAUGGAUAGAUGGGUUCUCUUCUGGAUAGGCUAAAUAUCAAAGUGUAUACAAUCAUAUUAUUAGAUUAAGUAAGGGCUUACUUGCAUUUGACAGAUUGACUGAUUUAAUUAAUGUAAUCAUUCCAAGUCUCUGUUACAAACAACCAUACUAUUUUAUCAAUUAACGGCUUACUUGCAUUUCACCGAUUGGCUGAUUGAAUUGAUGUAAUCAUGUUAAACUCACCUCAUUUUAAAAAGACUGCUUUUCAGCAAGUCUGUGUUACAAACAUAAAACUGAUGUUAUACAGAUCGAAUUGGAUAUAAGUACAUGAAUGAUUUCAAUGUAAUUUACUGUAUCUGUGAAUAUAUAAGGGCUUCAUUGUUAAUCUAGAAAUGGUUUGAUAUCAUAUCUUUAUUGAUCAAGUAAUUUAUAUUCAUGUUACAAAAAAAUUUAAAAUGUGGUAAAACAUGAUUUCACCCAAACUGUUAUCUAAAGAGCCGAUUCCUAUCACAUGCUUUUAACAUGUACCAAUUUUAAGUCUUUAAAUAGUACGAAUUUUCUUUAGUUUUAUUUCAAUUGCUUAUGGUAGCGGGAGUAUAACACCUCUCUCUCUCUCUCUCUUUCUCUCUCUCUCUCUAUAUUAGAUGAAUACACUAUACAGCAUUCUGAUUUUGUAUGAAUAGAUUUAAAUGCAUAUGAUGUAGAAAGCAGGGCUAUCAAGUAAACAGAAUAGUAUGAUCAUAUGGGAUCGAUCCAUGGCGCUAAAACAGUACGAACAGUAAUUUUGAAUCUUUCUUUUAUGAAUAUAACUAACAUUAUUUACCUCUUGCACUUUUACCUGUGACAUUUUUGCCAGGCAACAAAGUAACCCCCUUGAUAGGCUAAAUAUCAAAGUGUAUACAAUCAUACUAUUAUAUUAAUUAAGGGCUUACGGUAUUUGCAUUUAACCGAUUGACUGAAUAAAUUGAUGUAAUCAUGCUAAGUCUCUGUUACAAACGAUCAUACUAUUAUACUAAUUAAGGUUUACUCAAAUCAGUCUAAAAAUACUGCUUGUCAGCAAGUCUUUGUUAAAAACAUAAAACUAAUGAUAUAGAAAUAUUUGAAGAUAAAUAUAAAAAUGAAUUGAAUACGAUUUUCUGUAUCUGUGAGUGUACAAGGGCUGCAUUGUUAAUCAGGAUGGGUUUGAUAUCAUAUAUGUAUUGAUCAAGUAAUUUAUACUUAUCUCACAAAAUAUCAUGAAUGUGGUAACAUAUGCUUUCUCCUUAACUGUUAUCUAAAUAGCUGAUUCCUAUCUCAUGCUCUUAAUGCGGAUCAAUUUUAAGACUUUAAAUAGUACAAAUUUUCUAUAUUUUUAUUUCAAAUGCUUAUGUUAGCGGGGAGUAUACCAUCCCCCUCUUUCUCUCUCUCUCUUUAUAUAUCUAUUAGAUGAAUACUCUUUUUAAUUGAUAUGGUUUUGUAUGAAUACAUUUAAUUUCAAAUUAUGUAGAAAAGGGCUAUCAGGUACCCAGAAUAAUGUGAUCAUAUAGGGUAAAUACAUAGCACUAAAACAAUACAAACAGUAACUUUAAAUAUUGCCUUUAUGAAUAAAAAACAAUAUUUUUUACCUCGUGCACUUGUACUUGUGACAUUUUUGUCACAUACCAAAUUUAACCCCCCCCCCCCCCCCCCCCACCACCACCAGGAAUAUUUUGUAUCCCACUUGCUUCCCUUUCAAUUAAAGGAAUGUGUAACACGGACUUGUUUGUUUAGUUAAUUAAUUAAAAGGUUAUGCAGAUUAAAGAAAGAUUAAGGGAAGUGUAACCAAAACUUUCACGUAGGUCCUUUCUCUUGUUUAGGAACAUGUCGCUUUAAUAAUGAUGUAGAAAUGAAUUGGGUUGAAAAAUAAUAAAAAUACAUGAAUGUAUGUAUGAUGUAUUGAAACAAAGCAGGCUUACAAUGGAUGUGUCAUGUAGCACAAUGCAAGUAAAUUCGUUAACGCACACGUACUUUCUUUUGUCUCAUUGCCAUUUUAAAAUAUGUUUCUAAAUAUGUAAUAUAUCUUUUGUUUAAUUUCUAUAUUCAUGUUCCUCCAAAGCCAUUCAUUAUACAGUACUAGGGUAUUACCCCUUAUAAGUCUUUCAUGUUUCAAGGAUGUAUGUUUUUUAUAUAUUUCUGUUCGUAUGAUAUAUUUUUGUAUUGAUAUAUAUUUUUCAUUAGAGAUCACUAGUAAUUGAAAUAAAUGUUCCAAUAGGGAAGACUGCUGAAUA